AUGCAGCCGACAAUCGCGCCAGUCAUGAGCAGGAUGGGGAGCAUGGGCACCUUCCCCUGCCGGCCUCGGGCCCUGCUGGGCCGCUGCACCUGCAGGGACCCCAGCAGGCUCUCCAUGGGCUCGAAGGUGCUUGUCAUGGGUGGUAUGUUUUAUUCCACAUCACAGAUCAUCUGUCGAGGCGUGGCCGAGACUGCUGGAGGCAUGGAUCCUGGCAGUUGGGGAGCCCGGCACGAGAGUCAGGAAAGGGAGCGCGUCGCCGUGUACUUUUCUCUAAGAGCAAUGUCGGAGCUCCCUGCCUCGACAAAUGUGCCCCUGCUCGCUGGGUCCAGUAUCAAGAUUUCAUUUAAUUAUUUCAGAGCCGAGGUGUGA